UGCCCGUUUUCCCUCUUAACCCCACCUAGCAUUCUAUAUACAGCUAACCCUAACCCGUCUCUCCGAACGGACCAGCCAAUCACGAUCGGAUGGUCGAAAAACACCCAAAAUCCUCUAACCUAGCCCAUUUCCUAUUUAAACACCCCUAACCUGCUCCUAAUGGAAACCCUAGCCGCGUGCCUCGAAUUCCACGCCCACCUACCCCAGCCUCCUCUCUCUCUCCUCUCUCCCUCCUCAGCGCCGUCGGGACCGCUGAGCCCGCAAUUGGCCCGCCGAGCCCAUCUGGUGAGCCGUCGCCGAGCCGAAGGCGCCUUGCCCCCGCGUUGCCCGAGCGCACCCGACGAGGGAACCGCCCACGCUUCCCGCCGGACCCACUCGGAACGGAGUCCCACCGCCAGAUCCGGCCGACCUCCACCGCCCCGGAGACCCGCCGCCGCCUCGCUGCACCCUCGCCACUGGCGCUGGCCCGUGCAACCGCUGCCGCUAUGGCCUCCCGUCAGGAUCUCGAGGCCGAGCGCCCGCUCGCUCGCCCCGUUGACCGGCCUCGCCAGCACUUGCCCAGCUGGCCAGCUCCUCCCGACCCAGGCCAGCACCGCGCUGCCCCCAGGCCUGCCUCGCCCCACCGACCAGGACGCCUCCUUCCCCGCCGUCCUAGGCCUUGGCCCGCGAGUUGCAGGUACAUGUAAAGGCUACUUGAUGCGCGCGCGUUGA